AUGGGACGCCCAAAGGUCCUUCCAGCCAACCGCUUACGGGCCAAUACCGCCUGCACCGCCUGUCGGGCCUCUAAGAAACGAUGCAGCGGCUCUUUCCCGUGCACCAACUGCGUCUCCAAGGGUCGUGGUCACACUUGCAUCCCGUUUAAAUCGAUAUCAAACACGGACUCUCGUAACCGCCGUGAAUCGACUAUAUCUCGACAGCCUCUAGAAAGUAUUCCAACGGCAUGGAGUGAGAUCAACGCCAAUUUACAAAGUCCCCGAUCCUCGCAGAUUCAAGAUGCAAGUCCUUCCGACCGACUCAUUGAACGUCCACUCGAAGCGGGUUCGCGAUCACCAGAGGCAACGCAUCGCACCCAUCCUCGCAUGUUACGGAAUCUUCAAGGAGAAAGAGUUUAUGUUGGCAAGGCUGCCUCGCUGUCCUUUCUUCAACUGCUUCGCGAAACGGUGACUCAGCAUAUCGGGCCGUCGCAGUUCUCACACAACUACAAGAGUGAGGAUAUGCUAGAGACGGAGGCUCAUCAUGAUCCACUUAAUUUCUCGGAAGAACACUGCAGUAUCGAGGAGAAGCGCCGCUUCAUAAAAACAUUCUCCAUCGCGACAAGUGGAUUCAUCUACAUGGGAUGCGACACAGAUGCGUUACUCUCCGACCAGAGAGAGCCGAAGACUAGCCGUGAAGAGAUUCACGCAGCCAUCGGCGAUCUGAUGAUCGCCAUCGGAGCACAGUCAUGUUCUGAUGAACCUGAGAAUGUUCAAGUGGAGCAGUUCUUUGUCGAGCGUGGCCAGCGCAGGGCAUUUGCUAGCAUGCUCGAAGAUCCAAGCUUAGAUAUAGUGAGGGUGUUCCUACUACUAUCCUUUUAUAUGUUCGGAGCAUGUCGUCGAAAUGCGGCUUUCAUGUAUCUGGGUGUGGCCUCUCGGGCAGCGGUCGCACUAGGUCUUCAUGUAGAUUCUUCGGGAUCUUUAAGUCCGAUUGAACAGAAAGAAAGAUGCAGACUCUGGACUAGUCUUUGUGUAAUCGAUCUCCUGGCGAGCUCGAUUCUCGGUCGACCCGCUGCUACCGCAGGACUACUGCCCGGAAGCCGCAGAGACCUCAGCUUGAUUGAAUCUACCCCAGCUGAAGUGGGCUUAGUCGCUUCAUACCAGCUAUCGUUGAUUGUCGAUGAAAUCACGAGCCGUCUAUACAGUGAAAGGGCUGCUUCUACCGAGACAGCAGAUCUGCUUCUAGCAAAGCUCAAUCGAUGGAGCGAUCAGUUGCCAGAAUGUUUACGAAUCGCAUCUGAAACCGAGGAUUCCGAUGCCGCGCAGGAACGCAUCAUUGGGAAUAUGCACGUGGCAUGUUCGUAUCAUUUUGCCGUGAUUCUCGUUACAAGACCUUUCCUUAUUUCAACACUGAGCGUCCGGCUGGCCCGGCUGCACCAGGCUUUUUCCACCGAUGGAGCCAGUGAGACAUUGGAGGAAGACCCGGCACACUCUCGACUGGCGGCGGCAUGUAUUGACUCGGCGGUUUACAUGCUUCAGACAUGUAAAGAAAUCCAUCAAUCCGAGCUACUUCUUCGACAGAUGUCUCUUCUCAAGGCAUUUGUCUUUGCCGCAGCUCUAGUCCUCGGCUUCUCAAUGUUCUCCCACCGCGACGUCGACACCGAAAUCGACAAUGCAUUUACAGGGGCCCUAUCAAUCCUGCAAAUGCUAGCGCAACAAUCCGAACAAGCAGCCCACUACCUAGAAAUCCUCACAUUACUCGAAGCAGCCGUCACACAACAACGGCAACGACUCUCAGCGCAAGCACGUCAACGACGAAGUCAGUACGUCAGUCGAAUCUUCAGUCUGAGCGAUACUCCGUCGACACCGCGGAUGCAGGGGGUGGACAGCGGUCGAGGGGGUAGUGCGACUCCACUGCUUGUACAGGGUGGUCCAUUUUAUCCGUGGAUUCCGAAUGACGAGGGAGCCGCUAUUGCGACGCCGCCGAUAAUGGAUGGGGCGUUUUUGGAUUGGGAAGGGAUGGAGUUGCCAUUGUGGGAUAGUUUCCCUUUUACUGAGCCGGGAUCGUCGGUGCUAUAA